AAAUGCAGAACUCAAGCCUCUUUCAUCGGGGCACAGACUUCCUUUUACUCCUUCCUUUUGCACUCUCGCCGCCUCCUCUCGGGGAGAAGCGAAGGCAUCAGCGGCCCGGGGGAGCGACACACCGGGCCACUGAGGCCACGCUAAAAGUUUCUUUCUGGGAGUGCGGAACUGGGGCCCGGUUGGUGUACUGCUCGGAGCAAUGGAGCCAGCCUUCGGGGAGGUCAACCAGCUGGGAGGAGUAUUCGUGAACGGGAGGCCGCUGCCCAACGCCAUCCGGCUUCGCAUAGUGGAGCUGGCCCAACUGGGCAUCCGACCGUGUGACAUCAGCCGCCAGCUACGGGUCUCGCACGGCUGCGUCAGCAAGAUCCUGGCGCGCUACAAUGAGACAGGCUCGAUCUUGCCAGGGGCCAUUGGGGGCAGCAAGCCUCGGGUUACCACCCCCACUGUGGUUAAGCACAUCCGGACCUACAAGCAGAGGGACCCCGGCAUCUUUGCCUGGGAGAUACGGGACCGCCUACUGGCGGACGGCGUGUGUGACAAGUACAACGUGCCCUCGGUGAGCUCUAUCAGCCGCAUCCUGCGCAACAAGAUUGGCAACUUGGCCCAACAGGGCCAUUACGACUCAUACAAGCAGCACCAGCCGGCGCCGCAGCCGGCGCUGCCCUAUAACCACAUCUACUCGUACCCCAGCCCCAUCACGGCGGCCGCGGCUAAGGUGCCCACGCCGCCCGGCGUGCCCGCCAUCCCCGGCUCAGUGGCCAUGCCGCGCACCUGGCCCUCCUCCCACUCCGUCACCGACAUCCUGGGCAUUCGCUCCAUCACAGACCAAGGAGUAAGCGACAGCUCCCCCUACCACAGCCCCAAGGUGGAGGAGUGGAGCAGCCUGGGCCGCAGCAACUUCCCCGCCGCCGCCCCGCACGCGGUGAACGGGCUGGAGAAGGGGGCCUUGGAGCAGGAAGCCAAGUACGCUCAGGUGACUUUCCGGCAAUGUCUUUGUCUCUGUUUGGUGGUGGGCUGCUCAGGCUCCUGGACCUGGACUUGCCCCAGAUUUUGUGUGUGCAGUGAAGGCUUCAACAUCUCAUGAAAGACAUUUUCUUUCUACAACAGAGGACUCAAAACACAGAUAAAACAAGCCAGUCUCCCAUUUUGUAUCCCAAUCAAACAACACACAUGCCAAGCAUAUAAAGACAAGAGGGUGGAAAAUAUCUGAACAAGGCUCUAAAGGAAGUCACUUAGAAACUUAAGUUUAAUGUGAAAUGCUUUGCAAAGACACUUAAAAUGAACUUUAUGUUAAGAAAACCACUGUGAAACUAAAUUGUACUGUUAUUGUUGGCUUACCUGUGUGUUCAGCUAUCUCAGCCCAAAAUCACGUUGUAAUUUAAAGACAAUGGAAAAUUCUGCUCUAAUGAAUGUAAAAAUGGCUUGCUGUGAAGUUUACAUUGUUGUACAGAAGCAUGUUUCACGUGUAGGUAAACUGGUGGUGGUAUUAGAAAUACAAAUGCUAUUUAAUUUUUAAAAAUUCCCUUUAUUCAUUUCUGGAGUUACAGGACACAGUUUAACUGAUGGAUCUUUCUAAACCAAUUUGUUUUUCACUUUAGUGUUAAUCAUAGAGCUGAGGGGUGUGUGUGUGUGUGUGUGUGUGUGUGUGUGUGUGUGUGUGUGAGCAUGUGAUUAUGUGUUGUAUUUUAAAACAGUUGAUUUUCUUGGGCAAAAUUCUACAGUUGUAAUUGCUUCUGUUUAGAAGGUUCUUCCUGCUUGGCAAUAUAGGCUUGAAAAUACGUUUUUAAAACAUUGGUACAAUUCAUCUAUUGGAAAAUUAAUAUAUUGCGGGUUUUUUGGUAUUAAUUCUGUGCAAUAACUAACAGGGCACAUCACUAGAUAUGGAUGUUAAAGAUGCGUUCGUUAGGUGAUUUUGAUUUCUUCCUGUCUGUGCUGUGCACAGCCCACAUGGCAAUCCAGUUCUGUCACAUCGGUUUCAUGGCCUCAUCUAAAAUUCAGAUGGCUAGAUUAGCUAGGUUUUCAAAUCACCAGGAUAUAAACAGUAAGCAGAUUUCUGACACACAAGCUGUGUUCGAGGAACUGCUUUUUUCAAGCAGCAGAUAUCUCAUAGAGAGCUGUAAACUGCAUUUGUUUCUAAAGCAACUGAAAUUCAGCGCUGCAAACAGAAGAUUCUAACUUCAGGAGAAUACGCAGAAGGGGCAGAUGAACUCUCAGGGCCGUAGUCUUCCUUUGAUCUUGUAAAACUCCUAUUGGCAUCUGGAGUUCCCAGUCUGGUGAGAAAAUAGACUAUAAACCGAAUGGAACAAAACACCAGUCCAACAUUUUGGUGGAGACUUUAAAACCACACUGUACAGGGACUCUCCUGCCAUGCAGAAAAACUGACAUAAGGUACAGAAUUAUUCCUUAUCAGAUGUUUUUAGGUGGCUAUUAGGAGUCUUUAAAAAAUAUCAAUUGUUUGUAUGGAAACAUAACUGUUAUUUUCUUUAUCUAAAUUAAGAAAUCUCUUGUUAUUAUGCUAUUUAUAUAUUUUUUCCGGUUCUUGUAUCUUUAAAAAUCUAACAUUAAUAGUAUCAAAGUUUUCCUUUCUUUGUUUCCCUAUGUUUUUUCUUAGCAACAGUGAAUUCACAUGGAGUAAAUUUAAAAAGAGAAAGCCCAAAUACAAUUGGCUAUUUAAAGCACAUUAUGAUUUAAAGCUACUUUUAAAAAUGCGAGAAGGAAAGUGGGAUGGGAUAUGGGGUUGUUUGAUUUUUAAAACAUUAUUAUUAUUGGUUACUGUUGACAUAUUUCCUCUGAUUCUUAGGGGGUAAAAGUAUUGUUUUUAACCUGGCAAAUGCACUCUUCAGAGAUCCUUUUCCAUCCCAUCCACAUGGAGAGGUUAAAGGUUCAAUUUCAUGGCCUCUAUGCAGGCAGUGCUCUUUUUCACAGAAGGCAAGAGUAUUACCUGAAGGAUAGAAUGCAGUUGGACAACAGACAGAUUCUUAUUUCUCUUGUUUUGUCCUACUUUUAACGACCCUCAUUAAAUACUGGGCUGAA